AUGUCAGACACAGUUAUAUCACUUGUUGACUCUUCUAUCUACAUGCUUCAUGCCGCGAUCCACCAUCCCUAUCGUCUGGCUCUGUAUAUCAUUGUUAUUUACUUUACUCGUCGCAUCCUCAAUCGACUUCUGGUGCCUCCACCAAUUUCUGUUGCGCCACGUAUUCCCACGUAUCUACCCUUCGGAAUCGACUUUAUUGUCUGGUCCUCAUACUACAACUCAACGAACCAAGACCUUAAGUUAUGGUCCAUGAUCUUCCGUCGUUACGGGCGAGGAACGGCGCCAUAUACUGCUGAGGUUGUUCUUGGUGGUGACCGUGUUAUCUUCACCGCAGAUCAUGAGAAUAUCAAAGCUGUCCUGGCCACCAAAUUCUCUGACUAUGGUAAAGGACCAAAGUUUUAUCAUGACUGGAAGGAAUUCCUAGGAGAUUCCAUCUUUGCGACUGAUGGCCGACUUUGGCAAGAUGCUCGAGGGUUGAUCAAACCCUUGUUUCUUCGUCAGCGCAUUGAAGACUUGGCUGUCUUUGAGAAGCACACAGUUAAAUUGACUAGAAUGCUCCAAGGUCCCGAGGGUCAACCUAUUGGCGUGGAUGUGAAAGAUCUUUUCUUCCGCUUUACCCUCGACGUAGCCACGGACUUUCUGUUUGGGCAAGCUAUAAACAGCUUGGAUAACCCCAGAGAACAACUUUCGCAGAGAUACAAAGGGUGCAGCGUCUCAUCACCGUUUCUGGGCAAGUUACCUUUCCUCGACCCAUUCCCCUUCGUUGAAUAUCAUUUAACCAUGAGUAUAUCAGACCUCUCCAAUCUUUUUAUCUCUGAAACAUUGUCCCUCGAGCGCGACGAGUUAGAAAAGCUCACGAAAUCUGAUCGCGGCUACACGUUCCUCAGUGCUCUGGCUUUAUACACACGAGAUGCUAAACAGAUACGGGAUCAACUUGUAGCUGUACUUCUCGCUGGUCGAGAUACAACGGCAGCCACUCUUUCAUGGGUGCUACAUGAGCUUUCAGGCCAUCCGGACAUGGUUCGUCGCCUUCGCCAGGAAAUUGCUCAACAUGUCAAGCCUGGCCAGAAUCCGUCGUUUGCAGAGUUGAAAGCAAUGAAAUAUCUUCAGGCUAUCCUCAAUGAGACCCUUCGCAUGUACCCAGCCAUUCCUUUCAACAUGCGAAUCGCCCUGGACGACACAUCGCUGCCUCGUGGUGGAGGGUCAGAUGGCAAUCAAUUCAUCUCAGUGAAGAAGGAUACAAUCAUUGCAUAUACGCCACUUGUGAUGAUGAGGAGAAACGACCUCUAUCCAGCCACAUAUAACAAUGGAGACAAGUUUCCGGAUCCCAAUACUUUUGAUCCAGAGCGUUGGUUGCACCCUUCAGUAUUACACACUGCUGAGAAGGGCGCGGACGCAUCGGAGACGAAGGCCAGCGGCGUCAACAACAAAGAAUGGUCACCUCGUCCUUGGACCUACAUUCCUUUCAAUGGUGGUCCUAGAAUCUGCCUUGGGCAGCAGUUUGCUCUCACAGAGAUGGGUUAUACGCUUGUGCGCAUCUUUCAACAAUUUGCGCGAGUUGAGCGACGCAUGGAACCGGAUGAGAUGGGUAUCCUGUCAGCGAAUAUUGUUCUCACGCCAAAGAAUGGAGUCAGAGUUGCCUUUUUCAAGGAGGAAGAAGACUGA